UAUUGUUGUCACCAGCUGUUCUCCUCUCCCAUGGCUUCCCCGCGUCCCAACCCUCGCCGCCCAAAUGCAUACCUAUAUAUAUACUCCUCGCGCCGCCGAGCUCGAGCACUCUCACUCUGCAAGCGCGACGCGUUCUCACUCGCUCGGACAAGCUCCUCCAUCUCUCGAUCGCUCACGAGCAGCAAUGGACAUGGCCGGCCACGAGGUGAACUCCAGCUCGUCGUCGUCGGGGGCGGAGUCGUCGUCGUCCUCGUCGGGGCGGCAGCAGUACAAGAAGCGGCCCGCGGGGCGCACCAAGUUCAGGGAGACGCGGCACCCGGUGUACCGCGGCGUGCGGCGCCGCGGCGGGGCGGGGCGGUGGGUGUGCGAGGUGCGCGUCCCGGGGAAGCGCGGCGCGCGCCUGUGGCUCGGCACGUACGUCACCGCCGAGGCCGCGGCGCGCGCGCACGACGCCGCCAUGAUCGCGCUCCGCGGCGGCGCCGGCGGAGGCGGCGCGGCGUGCCUCAACUUCCAGGACUCCGCGUGGCUGCUCGCCGUCCCGCCCGCCGCGCCGUCCGACCUGGCCGGCGUCCGCCGCGCGGCCACCGAGGCCGUCGCGGGCUUCCUCCAGCGCAACAAGACCACGAACGGCGCCUCCGUCGCGGAGGCCAUGGACGAGGCCACCUCCGGCGUGUCCGCGCCGCCGCCGCUGGCCAACAAUGCCGGCUCGUCGGAGACGCCCGGACCUUCAUCGAUCGACGGAACGGCUGACACGGCGGCGGGGGCGGCGCUGGACAUGUUCGAGCUCGACUUCUUCGGCGAAAUGGACUACGACACGUACUACGCGAGCCUGGCCGAGGGGCUUCUCAUGGAGCCGCCGCCGGCGGCGACCGCACUCUGGGACAACGGCGACGAAGGCGCUGACAUCGCGCUCUGGAGCUACUGAGCUCUGACACUGUCUCCAGUUUACUGUACUCUGUUUUUGACUCUGUAACGAAUUGGUACUUUUGGUAGCAUGUUGAAUUGUUGAUUAGUUAAACACUUUCAGAGCUCAGUUUUCACUAACGAUAUGGCCACAUGACCCUUGUUGUU